ACAGCCGCGGCUGCCAGCGCAGAGCUGCGGAGGGCGGCGAGCGGAGCGGGCGCGUUUUUCUCGUCCUCCUCUUCUUCCUCCUCUUCCUCCUCGAUUCCUCGCCCGACAUGGCGGUGGACUCCAGGCGGUUGGAGGCCCUGAGCCUUCACCAGCUCCACGAGCUCCUGGAAGAUGAGGAGCAGCUCCAGAACAUGGCCCUGGAGAUGGAGGAGGCCCAAAACAUUCAGCUUAGCAAAGACAUGACCCUCGCCAGUAACCACAGCCUAGCCGAAGGAAAUCUCUUAUACCAGCCAAAAUUAGAUGCCCUGAAAGCCACGUUAACCCAAAAGUAUCAAGAGCUGCAGGUUCUCUUCGAAGCGUAUCAGAUAAAGAAAACCAAGUUAGACAGACAAUCCAAUAAUGCUUCGCUGGAGACCCUCCUUGCGCUUCUUCAGACGGAAGGGGCCAAAAUUGAGGAAGACACCGAGAACAUGGCCGAGAAGUUUCUGGACGGCGAUGUUCCCUUGGAUGCCUUCAUUGACGAGUAUCAGAGCCAAAGGAAAUUAGCUCACCUGCGGCGGGUCAAAAUCGAAAAACUCCAAGAGGUGGUCCUGAAAGGACCCCGGCGGCCCCCGGUGCCCCCUCCACCCGUACUUCAGACUUCAGAGGCCAACACGCCUCCUUCGGUUAUGCCUCGCCGUAACCCUCCCCCUCCCCCUCCGGCGUCCGCGGUCCCAGCAGGACGUUUCCCGACACCGUUUAUGGCGGCCAUGGGCCAUAAUCCGUACCCGUACCCUCCACUGCCCCCGAGGACGGGGGCUCCGCCACCGCCAGGCCAUGGGCCGUCGCCGGGUUACCCGAAUCCUUUUCUAGCGCUCUACCCAUCAACGCCGCCUCAGAGGCCCCCGCCUCGCCUUCCUCACAAUCCCGGUUUUAUCAUGGAAUGAAAAUGCCAUUGUUGACUCUUAACUCUUCUUGUACACUGGUGCUGGCCUUUACGAGAUCCUUAAAAGCUGGAAACCCAAGCGAAGUCGUGGGGAAAAAUCUGCAGGGUUCCGCGCAGGAAACAUUCAACAGCUCGCGCAACGGUUUUGAUCGUUAUUUUUUGUUUUAAUUUAAAGAGAGAAUCGGCGUCUCCGCCCAGCGGUUCCUACAAAGAACGUCAAACCAGUGUAGAAUUGGUGAAAUGCUUCCAUGGUAGACUUGCCUUGUCCUUCCGAGGAGAUUCCAGUCACCCUGGAGCCAAAUCCCAGGAAAUUCUUCAGUUCUUUUUUAUUACUAUUAUUAUUAUUAUUCCUUCAUUGGGAAGAAGAAGAAAAGCAAUUCCAGAAAACGAAAACCUCGUUCUAAUCCCCGGACGGUAGCUUUUUGAGUAUAUGUUCUGCGAACAGACUCCGCGUCGAAAUGGCAAUAAAAAAUGACUCGUGUUGUUGGCGGCACAAACCACGUUUAGGGACUAGCGAGCUUGCGGUUCGGAGUUAGCAAAUCUUUUUGUGCAUUAGCCACUGUCGGGGACGAGUUGGUUUCCCCCCCACUAAUGUAAUCGGGGCCCUGUUUGAGCAACAGGCUGCCAAUUUUCAGUGGGCAGGCGAGGGUGGGAAAAUCAGCUAUUUGUGAAAACCUCAGGAUGUUAAAAAAAAAUAGCAAGCGGGGAUUUAGAUCCCGGCGGCUCUUGAGGUUAAAUCAGGAAUAUUUUAUCUGUGCCACUGGAGCUAACACCCUCCUUCUGCUUCUUGUACCUCUCUUCGCCCUACAUCCGUUCACGACUUCUGGCGUGCGAUGAGGGUUGUGUGAUCUCUGAUAUACCCUGUUUUCCCGAAAAUAAGACCUCCCUGGAUAAUAAGCCCAAUCGGAGCUUUUGAGCGCAUGCCUC